AGAGAAUCUGAGACUGUGCUGGGUGCACACUUGCUUGGAAAUUACCAUAAGGAAAUAACUCGCGUUUUGCCUGAAAGGACUACUUGGAUCCAGCACUGGGAAAGUGAUGGCGUACACAUCAAAACUUCCCGCGUCCUGGAAUGACAGACCCCCUCCGAGGAACGUGGACAUUGACCUUAGUUCCCCUGGUUUGGCCGUGUUUGAGCUGGAACGCCUCCUGUUUACUGGCAAAGCCAUCAUCAGCCAUGCAGAUGAGGUGUGGCCAGGGGUCUACAUUGGUGAUCAACACAGUGCAGAGAACCGCAAUGAUCUAUGCAAGCAUGGCAUCACUCAUAUCCUGAAUGCGGCUCACAGCAAACGACAAAGCUGCCCUGAGAUCUACCAGGGAAUGAAGAUCGUCUAUAAGGGCGUGGAGGCACAGGACUCGUGUGGCUUUGACAUGAGCGUGAACUUUCAGGCAGCUGCCGACUUUAUCAGCAUGGCUCUGAGCAGGGGAGGCAAAGUCCUGGUGCACUGCCAGGUCGGAGUCAGCCGCUCUGCCACCUUGGUUCUGGCGUACUUGAUGCUGAAGCAGAGGCUCACCCUUGUGGAGGCUAUUUGUGCUGUGAAAGAGAACAGGGGGGUCAUACCCAACCGAGGUUUUCUCCGACAACUUAUUCAUCUGGAUUGGCAACUUUUUGGCAAACAUUACUGAAACCAGAAAAAUACUAAAGCUUUCUCAGGAAUAUUCCAUCCAACUUGUUAAUACAGUACCUUCUCAAGAAACAAUACUAUGAAAUUAAUUAAAUCUGUGUACAGCUUGUAUAGCAGCAUAGAUUUACUAUGCACUGAAAAGAACUCAACAGGCAAUCUUUAUUUUUUUAAUAUUUAUAGAGGUUUAUUUGAAAUAGGGACAGAUACAAAAACAUAGACAUCUGAAACAGUUAUCCAAUAUAUGCAUCAUAGUGUUUGUAGCCAAAGCUAAUUUACAACACUUGUCCCCAACAACAACAACAACAACACAGAUCCAACAUCAUUAAAAUGGGAAAAUAAAAAAUAGAAUAAGGCAAAGAUGAGUCGAUAAUAAUGAUAAUAGGAAUAAUGCAGACAAAGUGCAAACUAGAUAAAAGCCAAUAAUAAUAACACAGACAAAGUGCAGACUCGAUAAAAACCAAUUACCGUACUUUUCGGAGUAUAAGUCGCACCGGAGUAUAAGUCGCACCUGCCGAAAAUGCAUAAUAAAGAAGGAAAAAAACAUAUAUAAGUCGCACUGGAGCCCGACCAAACUAUGAAAAAAACUGCAACUUAUAGUCCGAAAAAAACGGUAGUAAAAAUGAGUAAAAACUAAACAUGGGAACACGAUUGUUGCUCAACUAGCCAUACUUUUGUUUGAUUUUUGAAAGUGACAAGUGCAGGUAUACUUUUCAAAGUGUCCGGUAGAGAGUUCCAUAGUUGUGGUCCUUUUAUUGAAAAGGCAGUCUGGGCAAAAGAUAUUGUUUACAAUGCUGCAUGUCGGCUGUUGUCGUGAUCCCAGGAUGCAGAGAAGGCAGGCGUCGUGCAGGCAGAGGGUCGUUUAAUUAGGGAACCAGGCAGAAGAAAUGUAACACGGGUCUUAGCAGGAAACUAGAAGGCAGCAGAACACUUGGGCAUACAUUAGAUCAGUUUUCCCAUUGUUGGGCGACAAGCGCCCCCUAGAGGGCUGCCAAAAAAUAUCCGUUUCUCAGCUGCAGUCUGUAUGGGCCGUAUACUCCGCUGUAUUACACUUUAUACGCCACUUGCGGCAGUAAUGACGAUAUCAAACAAAUCAGCAAAAGUCUAGCGCUAAAGAAUCCAAUCCAAUCCAAUCCACUUUAUUUAUAUAGCACAUUUAAACAACAAAAUGUUUCCAAAGUGCUGCACAACAAUAUUAAACACAAUUAAAAACAAUAUAAAAUAAAUAUGAUUAAAAACGAUUUUAAAGGACAAAACCAAUUAAAACAGUAAAUAGAAAUCAAAAUUUUAAAAACACAGAGGACCACACAACUCACGUAAAGAAGGUCUUUUAAGGCGAAGGAGCGAUGUACAGUGACUACUCUGUUAUUGUCAUGUUUCUUUUUUCUAGUAUUGUCUCUCGGGAACACGUGAUAACAUUGCUGAAAGGAUCAUACUCACUUUGUGAGAUACUGCACAUACAGUCAUGGUCAAAAGUUGACAUACACUUGUAAAGAACAUAAUGUCAUGGCUGUCUUGAGUUUCCAAACAUUUCUACAAAUCUUAUUUUUUGAUUGGAGCACAUACUUGUUGGUCACAAAAAACAUUCAUGAAGUUUGGUUCUUUUAUGAAUUUAUUAUGGGUCUACUGAAAAUGUGACCAAAUCUGCUGGGUCAAAAGUAUACAUACAGCAAUGUUAAUAUUUGGUUACAUGUCCCUUGGCAAGUUUCACUGCAAUAAGGCGCUUUUGGUAGCCAUCCACAAGCUUCUGGUUGAAUUUUUGACCACUCCUAUUGACAAAAUUGGUGCAGUUCAGCUAAAUGUGUUGGUUUUCUGACAUGGACUUGUUUCUUCAGCAUUGUCCACAUGUUUAAGUCGGGACUUUGGGAAGGCCAUUCUAAAACUUUAAUUCCAGCCUGACUUAGCCAUUCCUUUACCACUUUUCUCGUGUGUUUGGGGUCAUUGUUCUGUUGGAACACCCAAGACCCAAUCUCCGGGCUGAUGAUUUUAGGUUGUCCUGAAGAAUUUGGAGGUAAUUCUCCUUUUCUAUUGUCCAAUUUACUCUCUGUAAAACACCAGUUCCAUUGGCAGCAAAACAGGCCCAGAGCAUAAUACUACCACCACCAUACUUGACGAUAAGCAUGGUGUUCCUGGGAUUAAAGGCCUCACCUUUUCUCCUCCAAACAUAUUGCUGGGUAUUGUUGCCAAACAGCUGACAUCACAUGGACAAAGAUAAGACCUUCUGGAGGAAAGUUAUGUGGUAGUGUAUGUAAACUUUUGACCACGACUGUGUUCACUUUUAACAAAGCAAUGUGAAGAGGCAGAGCUUCACAAAAAUCUCAUUACAGUAAGCAUAUGAAAAAUGAAUAUUUGAAAUGUGUGUGAAGUGAAUUAAUUAACUCAUUAUGCUUUGCAUACGGUGAAUGUUUAUAUUCAUCUGGGAGAAAGCAAACCACCAGUAAGUAUUUCAGUUUGGGCACAUAAUAACACAGGGCCCUUUAGUACUGACAUUUGUGUGUGGAUUGGAUUACUUAAGUUAAAGUACCAAUGAUUGUCACACACACACUAGGUGUGGCGAAAUUAUUCUCUGCAUUUGACCCAUCACCCUUGAUCACCCCCUGGGAGGUGAGGGGAGCAGUGAGCAGCAGCUGUGGCCGCGCCCGGGAAUCAUUUUUUGGUGAUUUAACCCCCAAUUCCAACCCUUGAUGCUGAGUGCCAAGCAGGGAGGUAAUGGGUCCCGUUUUUAUAGUCUUUGGUAUGACUCGAGGCAAUACAAUUUGACCUUGGUAUGCAAAGGUGAUGGCCCUAUUUGUGAGAAGAGACUACAUGUUUAGCCAAAUGACAGUAUCCAAGAUACGACCUUCAUCUGUUGUCUUUUCAGUCACUUACACACAAACAUCCCCUUUAUGGCCAGGAUGCGCUUUCCUGACCCAGCACACACACACACACACAGACAGGAGGUAGGAAUAUAAAACUGAUGGUUUGGCUUCUCCAAGUUAGGAGUGCUUCAUUUUUGACUUGACCUCCUCCAGGAUCUGCAGUCCUGUACAAUGACGCUCACUUGUAAUAAAGCAAC